CUGAGCAGAAGGGAAGCCAGAGAUCUCCUCCCCAGUCCUGCUGCUCUGCAGGGCUCACAUCCCCUCAGAGCCCCAGGCUCCCGAUCCACAGGAGGCAUCCACCAAACAGGCACAAAUCCACUUGGCUGGGCUGCAAAACUUCAUCCACGCAGAGCAGAAUGUUUAAAAAAGUCACCAAAUACAUUGUAAGCCAAAUGGAUCCAAAGGAGGAAUGGGUCCCUGUCGAGAGCAUCGCAGACCACGAGCACUUCAGACCCUUCUGUCUUCUGACACAAAAAAGAAAACAAAAUACCAUAUUCCAUCCACGUCCCUACUACCACCACACAGGGUUCAGACUGGACAGUGUGCUGCUGCCUGGAGAAGAUGGGGAAAGCACAGAGUCCCUCCUUCCCUCGGGAGAUGGUCCAGAUUCCAGCCAAUUCACUCUCACAAAGGUCACUGCUGACCAAGUCGAUGGGUCUCUCAGCCUUAGUGUUGACCCUGCAAGUGUGGAGCUGAAAGGAGGUGGCUCCUUGUACCAGGCGUUUUCCAUCAAGCUGCAGAAGAAGGCCAUACCAAUGGACUCACUGGAGAAAGCGAGAAAAAAUAGAAAAAUCGACAUAGAUCACUCCUUCAUCCAACAGCUCCUGAGGACAACGCUCAAUUUAUACAUGGUUUCUGAAACCCUGGAAGCCUCGGAGGAGACUGUCUACAAGGAAUCCAGCAAGGCACAGGGAGGCUUCCUAGCCACGAUUUACACCAAAUUCUCUGCACAGGGCACCACAGAGAACAGACAAAGCAUAGUCAUACCCAAGGGCUGCACCCUGGCCUUCAGGACCAUCUACAUGGACAUUUUCAGUGGAGAAUGGGAACCCUGCCUUUCUGAUCUCCUAACACCAAAAUUAGUCACAGUGGACAGAGAAGUUAAACAAUACUGUGGGAUUUUCUCCGAGUUGCCUUCUGGCCUGCAAGUCAAGUUCUUAAACACCAUCACAGCUGUGAUGAGAGACAGGAACCUCUUUCAAGAGCUCAGCCAGAAGAUGGAAGGAGUUCUUGAGAAAACUGAUGGUUAUGAGCUGAAAACUAAAAGCCCAGACUUAAAAGACCUGUUGAGCACCUUAAAGAAUUCUCCAGGAGAUCGUUGUCUUCUGCUGGCAAAGGGAAUAACCUACACCCUCGAUGCUUUGGCUGAGCUACUGGACGAUCAGCUGCUGCUGCUGCUGGAAUCCUUGGAAAGGAAGAUUGUGUCCCAACAGCUGCAGCUGGUUGGAAAACUCCUGGAACACGAGCUGGAGGACAAGAAUGAGUCUUUCCGUGUGGACACCAGCCUGCUCUCCUUCCCACAGCAGGAGGAUCAGACCUUAACCAUGGCCCUGGUGGAGAUGAGCAGAGUGAAGCUCCAGGAAGAUGGAUCAGCUGAGCCCAUGGAACGGCCCUUUGAGGUCGUGGCCGCCCUGUACGUGGCCCUGUACGCCCUCAGCCUCCUCAGUGGCCCCAAGUAGGCACCUGGCCCUGCCCAGGCGACCCCUCCCCAAGCUGCUGGGAAACCUCCGGCCACGACACACCUCUCUCCCCCAAUUUCAUCCUUGUUAAUGCUCAAGGCUGCUUUGGCUGCAAUAAGCAAACUUAAGGCAGGAAAGCUCAUUAUGGAUACAAAAGGCUGGAUAUCAAAGUGGAUGUCUCUGGCUGUCCCCCAUUGAAAGCAGAGGGACAACCAGAAAAUCCACGAGCCCAAAUAAUCACAGGCCUGGCAGCUGUGCCUCGUGUGCUUCCCUAAAAACGCUGCUGCUUCUGCAACCAAUGAAUGGGAAAGGGAAUGCCAAGGGAAAAGGAAUUCAAAGGGAAAGGAAGGGAAAUGCAAAGGGAAAAGGGGGGAAAAUGCAAUGGAAACAAAAGCCAAAGGAAAAGACCUGCAGUGACCCACUUACCCUGGUCCCCCCUGGGAGUCCCGGGGGGCUCCAUGAGCUGCUGGUGGCACAAAGGUGGGGGGAUCCCAGGGCUUUCACCCACCCUUCCCUGCUCCCAGCACUGCCAUCUCCCACAGGCUGCUCCAGGGACAUGGGGCAGUG